AUGAUUCAACCGGCAUUUGCUACGAGAGAAGAACGCCAGCAGAACCUUAACACUCAAAUGUGGCAUGCUGCGGCCAUUGGACUGCUCCGGGGGUCUUUAAUUGCUCUAGUUAGUGGAUACUAUUUCAAUUAUCGGUAUAACUAUGCUCAUAAUACAAAGUUUUUCAAAACUCCGUAUAAAGUCUUGUAUUUUGUUACUUGGAAUAUCGUUGGAAUCAUAUUCACAACGGAUAAUGCAAAGAUUAGAUUGGGUAGACAAAUGGCUAUGGAAGAAGAUUUAAGACGGAAUCUUUACGUUCAAGAAGAACUAGAUAAUUGGGGGAAACCAAAUAAAUGA